AUCCGAAAAAGGCCGAAAUGUUCCGAAAGAUUACCGAAACGUUUGUAACCCGGAUAUAAAAAUAGAAAGUGUAUCGCCAAGAUUUUCUUGGAAUCAAGGUUAAUCAGUUUUCCAGUAAAAGCUUGAUUGUCAGGGUUCUACAGCUUGAUAGAGUAACUACAGAAUAACUGUCCAGUGACGGUGACAAACAUGGAUACUUGCAGCUUGGGAUUUUGUCUGCUUUUGACAGGAUCAUUGGUUUGCUUGCUCGUGUCUGCCGAUGAAAAAACAGGUUGUGAUGUCACGUGUUACACUAAUAACACUAGCUGCUCAUUCACGUUGAACCAGACUCACCCAGUUGCUGGGAUGAACUGUACGUGGAAACUGAUCAGGGUCAAUGGUACUGAAACCACGCUCAUAUUCACGGAAAUCGGCUUGUAUGGCGAAGACCAACUUUUAGUCUACGAUGGAGUUGUCAAUGAAACAAACUUGGUCACCACUAUCCAUGGCAAAAAGAACAUGUUUGUUGGAGUGAUGUUUAAACAGAACACAACCAUGGUGUUUCAGAAAAAGAAUAACAAUACUUCCAAGCUGAACGUUCAGUUUACUUCAAAAGAAUGCGUUUUGAAUUUCUGGCCCAAGUUCUCGGCACAAGUUGUCUCCCCUGUGUACCUGCCUGCUAGAGGUGAUGUGCUGUGCAAGUACGUGCUGAAUGGAUGGAAGGGCAUCACCGAGAAGGUGCUUGACCUGUCGUUCACGAGCUUCAGUCUUCUAAAUGGCUCUAUUACAGCCACAGGUGGAAAAACAACAGUCACUCUUAAAGGUUCCAACUUGCCAGAUGAUAUCAUUUCAUUAACUAGAAAGCUCACCCUUGAGAUGAAGUUUCCAAACGCUGCCAAGAAAAGUUUCUUUGAAGGUUUCUACUCUAUUGUUGACAAAGAAUGCAGCCAGACGUUGGUGAUAAACGACACAUUGACGCUAUCUCUGGACAUGGGUGAGGGUCAGUACCCCAUCACGGACUGCCGCUGGCUGUUGACCACGGCCGCGGGUCGCACCCUCACCAUCAACGUCACCCGACUGGAGCUGGCCCUGGGGGCAGAUCGACUCAUCAUCACCGACGGCGGCUCAAUCAAUAGUCGUGUCCUCGCACAGAUGGUGGAUCUGACAUCAGGUGGAGCAGGUGACCUUGUGAUAAGCAGCGGACAGUCUGUGAUGGUCCGACUUGUAAUGGGAGCGAUGCCUCAACCAAGACACAUCAGAGUGACUGUCAAAUCUACAGUUGAUGGUUCUCAUCUGUACACCAAUGGAACUGUUUCUCUGAAGACGCAGAAAACCAACAGAACGUCCUCUAAGUUUUACUACCAGUUCUCCUCACCUGCCGGGCUUCAGGCUCAGGUGGUGCUUGAUGCGUUUUCCAACCAGACUCUGCUGUACCCGACUGCUAGCAUCUCGUUCUACGAUGGUCUGCAGCUGGCCAGUCCGCUUCUCGUGAAGUUCGUGAUCCCUGAUGCGUGGCAGACGAGAAGCAUCACCCCGUUCUUUCCCGUGACAGCUUCAGGCAAUUCUCUGCUAAUGGUGGCAGAAAACUUCAGCAGGAAGCAGAACUUCACAGCCGUCUUUUCAUCCAUCUUGAAAGGAUGCAAUGCUAUUGGCUCUGGAUUCAAGGGAAGCUACUCUCUGGGUUCUGACGUUCCCCCAGGACAACAGUGUCGGUGGACAAUACCAGCUCGUCAAAAAGGAGACGGAGACAUUAUCAUAUCGCCACGGCAACUGUUGCUACAAGUGAACCAGACGGUAACAAUCUACAGUGGUGUGCUGGAAAAUGGAAAACCUCUCCGCAAGUUCAGUAGAAAGAGCUCGCAGGAUUUGCUGCCACAGAUCAGUGUACCAGUCCCUAACGGAGCAGAACUUGUGUUCGAGUCGAGAAACAAGUGCACUGUGAACUGUACCCAGCCCGUGGUGACUGCCGACUUCGCCAUCACAACUAAAGCCUGUGGCCGUGCACUCCUAACAUCAUCCAGUGGUCAACUGUCCAGUCCAAACUUCCCGAAUCAGUACCCUCUGAACUCUGAUUGUACGUGGCUGACGCAAAGCAACAAGACCAGGCUGUUCUACCUGUCGUUCACCACCUUCCGACUGAGUAAAGGACACAAGUUUGAGAUCCGGAAGCUUGUAAACGCGACAACGAAGACGGUGGCAUCGUUCAGUGGAAACGUCCUGCCCCAGGACGUGCUCAUUCCCAGGAACAUGUUGUCACUCCAGUUCUCGGCUCCUCCGGUCAACCGGUCCCAGACCAGCAAGGUGGACCAGGGUUUCACAGCUAAAUACAUGCUGCUAGACUGUGGUGGCCGGUUGACAGAGCUUGCUGCUAACAUCUCGUCUCCCCGCAAGUGGGCAGGUGUCUGUGUGUGGAUCGUCUCCAUCCCACUGUCCAGCAAGAAGGGGUCACUGAGGAACAUCGUCCAGUUCACCGUGUCCAGCAGCAAGGACAAAACUGGACUUGUUUUUCAUGAUGGUGCAUCUGCAUCCUCCCCACUGCUGCCAGUGAAAGUCACCAAGGGGCAUUCUGGGAAGAUUCUAAGUCGGAACAAUACGCUGUUCAUCAUGUACCAGCCAAAGUCGUCUGGAAAGGUGACGUUUAAGAUCCAGUAUUCAACAUUCAGUUGCAACAAGACGACCCAGUGUGAUGGAGGGAUGUGUAUGCACCCUGACUGGCGGUGUGACGGGCUCGUACAGUGUACUGACGGCAAGGAUGAACUCAACUGUAACGGAACCACCAUCCACACAUCGACUGGAGUGAAAACGUUCUGGGUUCCAGUCUGCCUCAUAAUUGGCAUCAUCCUAGGAAUUGUGUUUGCCAUCGUGAUUCCAGCUGUAUACCGACGUAUCAAGUACCCCAAUUACCGAGAGUUGCGUGACCAGACAGCCCCGGUCAGCACCUGAUUCAACAGCAGAAUAACAUUGUUAUCACUGUGAUGUCACAUUUCAUUCAAAUCUAAUGUUGUCAGUUUAACCAAAUUGGUACUUUGCUUGCAAAAAAUACUAUUAGAAACAUGAGGCUUAUUUUUAAUUACCUUAAAUUAAGCUGGAAUGAAAUAUAUUUAAAAUGAAUGACAACAAAAUAUACUAAGAAAAGAAUGCCAUUAAUUAAUUACCAAUAAGAUUAUUAAAAAGAAAUUAUUUGUUUAAUUCAUAAUAUAGUCCAGCAAGUUUUUAACUUUGGUAUGUGUAUGCAAACAUCCACAUCACAUUCCGACAUGAAACAUCACUAACGGUGGACAAGACAUUUUAAAAGUUAAUGUAGUUUUGAUUGUUUGAAAAUCGAGGAACUUUUAUCGUAUUAUUUUUAAUAUAGAGUCUGACAUACAAAAGAUGUGGGUGUUUUGUUGUGCUCAAAUUUAAAUAUAGAACAAUAACCGUUUUUCUAAAUAAAGUUUUCAGAGAUGUUUAUGUAUCAAGUCGUCACAUCAAGACAUAAUUUAUCUGAUUUUAGAUUCGCUUGUAUGAGAACAAUAAAUACCAACACUAGACAAACCUUGUCCAUGUGUUUACUUGGAGGCCUUAUCACUGUUAAUGAUUUGUGUUUUAUGAUCUGAUAUUUUUUUAAUGAAAAUAGUUACAAAGGUGGACAUUUUUACACAAUGAUAUUUUUUAAAAAUAAUUUGACACUGGUGAAAUAAGUUGUCAAAUACAUCUUUCUAAAAAUGCUUUUGAUCUGUAUAUUUUUUUUAAUAUCGAUAUUCCUAGAUGUUUUUUAAGUGUGUAUGUUAAAAACUUAUCCACAUGAAAUGUUUUCUAGUUAAAAUGUGUUCGGAUGCUUCUAUAUAAUCGUCAGUGUUUUUUAAUGUUUAUCUCACACAAGGUGUAUUAAUCAAAGAUCUUGCAAUUAACCAUAGUGAUGUGCACUUGACUUUUGAAUCUGUUUGGAUUCGAUUGUAGGAAAAAACUGGAAACUGCAGCCAUGAAGAUAGAAAAACACAAUUCCCGAUUUUCAAAAUUUCCCUAAAUCGGCUGACUAUUAUAUUUAUUUUUUAUGGUUCAACAGGCCUGAAAAUAUUGGUUGUUCCAAAAUCUUUUUCCUAUUUGUUUGUGUGUUAUGUUGAGGCACAGUUGAGUCAGACAUUUUUAAUAAGUUUGAAACAGUAUGACCUUUGCUAAUGUUCCUUAGUCCAGACCAAAUUUAUUCAAAAUGUCUAAAAAACCCAAAACAAAAUCAAACGAAACCAAAACUAUUAUUUUGUCCCAUCCAAAACCCCAAACUAAAACCGAACCCAGAUUUCAAAUGCACAUCACUAGUUAACUGACCAACAUAAACAUUUUAUUGUAUCAUCCUCAGUCCGUUGUGCUGAUUUCCUCAACUUCCCUAGCUUGGUUUCUCUUCCCCACCAGCUCUUUCUGCACAGUGCCUCUCUUCUUCUUAGCCUUUGGCAUCCUAUUUUAUCAAUCUUAAAUAUGUUCUGGUUAUUAUUUACAAUGUUAAAUAUUUUCAAACUUGCCUUUGUCCUCAAAUUUUUCAAAAUCAUUUUGUGCAAAAGAGCAAUUGUGCCUAGAGGGGUAUUAUAAUUGUUUGAUUAAAACAAGGGGAGUGUAAUCAAAUUUGUGGCUUACGCGACAAAGUGCCUCUGGCUCAGUAGCUCAGGCAUGUCGCCAGAGUUUAUUUAUCGUAUAAUUUGUUAGCGGGCAGAUGAUUGUGCAGUUAAGUAAUUACAUAAUUUGUCAAUUUGUUAGCGAGCAGAUGAUUGUGCAGUUAAGUAAUUACAUAAUUUGUCAAUUUGUUAGCGAGCAGAUGAUUGUGCAGUUAAGUAAUUACAUAAUUUGUCAAUUUCAGUAUGUAAUAGUGCACUUUGUAAUCAGUUUGUAAUUGUUAAAAUUUUGUAACUUGUCACACAAAUGGAACAGUCAUUCAAAGGAAACUUUGUGUCCUGCAACAAGUAUUAUGGAAUCUUUAAGCAUUUAUUUUGGUAGAGAUAGAUGUUUAUUGGUUUUAAAAUCCUUUGAGAUUGUAUAUAAAAUAAGAUCCUUACAUAGUUUUAAUUGAGAAAACACAAGGUUUGGCAUACACAAUUAUACUAUCUUUUUAAAAAAACCAUAUUUGUUAUUGACAUCAUUCUUGUAGCUAUAUAUGUUAACAGGCCUUGGAUUUACAUCUGAUUUAUCAGGCGCGGAUUCAGGCAGGGCCACCCCUAUUUUUGGUCAAACAAUAUAUAAUACAGAAUACACAAAAAAUGUAAACUUAUCCCGACUAUCUGUCAGUGAUCUGGGCCCCCUCUAUUAAAAUAUCCUGAAUCCGCACCUGCUAUGAUGGCUUAAGUGCUGUAGGAAUCUCACUAAGUGAACCUAUCGGGGGGGGUGGGGGGGGGGGGUGCAUAUAUAUAUAUAUAUAUAUAUAUAUAUAUGAUGAGGUGCUAUAUUGAAGUAUUGAGAUUAAGCUAUAUAAGUGGAAGUGCCACAUAUUUAUUGCUUAAAUUUCCAUGAGUGAUUUAUCACAGUAUGUCUAUUGAGUCCGUCAGCUGUUUGUAUCAGCAUCAACUUCUAGGUAUAAGUACUAGGUAUAAUUAGCAAGGUGAAAAACAAAACGUCAAAACUGAUACAAAAAUCAUAUCUCUGCACAAAGAAGAGUGAAAUGGAUUUUUUGAAAGUUGCUUUUAUUAACUUUACAAAUUGCACCUGGUUGUGCUGUGUGUGGGGCUAUUUCCAACGAACACUUAUAUUGACUCGUUUAACAAUGGAAAUGCUCAUUUAACAAUGGCAAAUGCUUAUUUAACAAUGGAAGCUCACCGAACUAACUAGUUUAGUAAAAGUGCAAUUUUUAUUUAAAAAAACAUUGUUUUUUGUUUUGUUUUUACACCGUGUAACUUUAUAAAAGCAUGUAACUUUUAUAAAAGAGUACCCACCUGAACCUCCCAGAGUGUUCCCUUUGAGGUUAUCUCCAGUUUUCAUUUGUGUCCCACCACUGGUAUAUCAUGGCCAUGCUGCAUAAUGUUAAUUAUUACUCCAGCAUUCACUCAUAACAUGGAAAAUAUUUUCUCUGUGAGAAAUAUUCUGCAUUCUAACGAACAAUACUAUUGGACAAUUUGAUGCUUACAAACCAAUGACCUUGUCAGUACUAAAUAUGACGUCAUCACAAUUUGGCAAACA